AUGUGUGUUGAAGAAGCGUUCUCGAAGCUUUGUUUGAGCGAGAAAGGGUCCGAUGAUGCGAUCGGUGUGAAAUCGUUGGUUUUCAAACCGAAAACGGCCAAGAGUGCGGUUCCGGUGCCAAUUGUUGUGGUGGCGUUGCAGUCUACAACGACUCCUUCGCCUUUGGUUGCUCAGGCGACGUCUCUUAAGGAUCCAAGAUUGGCGCGCGAUGAGCUCUUCCAAUCGUUCUUCAAAUGUAAUUCCGCAAAGGAAUUCUCGGUGGCGUACUUGGCUAAUGCUGAGUCUCCGUUCCACUUGCUGGUCGACAGGCAGCUGGAAGCGCUGGACGAGAGUGCCAUGUUGCAGUUGAACGAGGCGGCGUUCAUUCAGAAGAGCGAAUUGGUCGCUUAUUUGGGCAAGUUCGAGUCUCAGAAACAGUGUGUGGACUUCGGUCAGGAGGUUGCUAAGCCUGACGCAAAGAAGAAGCAGGAGGCGGCGGCCGGCGCCGCCUCUGCCGCUCUGGAGGACGCCAAGUUGAUCGGUAUCACGGUCGACAAGGCGCUCGACUUUCCGGGAUGGUACCAGCAGAUCUUGACCAAGGGUGAAAUGCUGGACUACUACGAUGUGUCCGGGUGCUACAUCCUGAGACCUGCGUCUUACGCGAUCUGGGAACAGAUCCAGCAGUGGUUCGACAGCAAGAUCAAGGCGUUGGGCGUGCAAAACGCUUAUUUUCCCAUGUUCGUCUCUUCUCGUGUGCUAGAAAGAGAGAAAGAUCACAUCGAGGGUUUUGCCCCGGAGGUCGCUUGGGUCACCAAGGCCGGCAGCUCGGACUUGGAGGAGCCGAUCGCCAUUAGACCAACUUCGGAGACCGUUAUGUACCCAUACUACGCUAAGUGGAUCAGAUCUUACAGGGACUUGCCUCUCAAGCUGAACCAGUGGAAUUCCGUGGUCAGAUGGGAGUUCAAACAUCCUCAGCCGUUCCUGAGAACCAGAGAAUUCCUGUGGCAGGAAGGUCACACCGCGCAUCUAACGGUCGAGGACGCGAAGCAAGAGGUUUUGGAUAUUUUGGACUUCUACGCUGGUGUGUACGAAGAGCUGCUGGCUGUUCCUGUGGUCAAGGGUAAGAAGACUGAGAAAGAGAAGUUUGCUGGUGGUGACUUCACAACGACUUGUGAGGGCUACAUCCCACAAACCGGUCGUGGUAUUCAAGGCGCUACUUCGCAUCAUCUGGGUCAAAACUUUUCCAAGAUGUUCAACGUUAGCGUAGAAAACCCAUUAGGUUCCGACCAUCCUAAGCUAUUCGUGUAUCAAAACUCUUGGGGUUUGUCUACCAGGGUUAUCGGUGUCAUGGUCAUGAUUCACUCUGACAACAAAGGUUUGGUCAUUCCACCAAGAGUAUCCCAGUACCAGGCAGUCGUCAUUCCUGUGGGUAUCACCAAGAAGACUACUGACGCGGAGCGUAGCAACAUUCAUGCAUCAGCUAAGGCUAUUGAAGAUCGUUUGAAGAAAGCUGGCAUUAGAGCUUUUGGCGACUACAAUGACAACUAUACACCAGGCUGGAAGUUUUCCCAAUACGAAUUGAAGGGCAUUCCGAUCCGUAUCGAAUUGGGUCCAAAGGAUAUCGAGAAAAGUCAAGUCAUCGUGGUCCGCAGAAACGACUCUCGCAAAUACACCGUUCAGCUAAAUGAACUGGAAACACGUAUACCAGAAAUCUUGGAGGAAUUGCAGCAAGAUCUGUUCUUGAAGGCCAAGGAAUUGUUCGAUACUCACAGAGUCAUUGUGGAGGACUGGAAGGAUUUCGUUCCUAAUUUGAACAGAAAGAACGUUAUCUUAUCCCCAUGGUGUGGUGUCAUGGAAUGUGAAGAAGAUAUCAAAGAUUCUUCUGCAAAGAAAGACGACGGUGAGGAGCUCGAACAGGAUGAGAAAUCUCCAAGUAUGGGUGCCAAAUCUUUGUGUAUUCCAUUCGAACAACCAGAAUUGAAGCAAGGACAGAAAUGUAUCAAGUGUUCCCGCCCAGCCAUCCAAUACUGUAUGUUUGGCCGCUCAUACUAA